GAGAGAAACGAAUAAGAUCGAAUUGUUGUGACAACUAGACUGUUUUCAGCCAAAUUUGUAAAUAAUAUUGAUAACAAUUAUGUAGUUUUUGGUAGUGGUAUCCCCCAAAGCAUAGAUUGUCAAAUUUGAUUGAAUGUUUUAUUCAAUUUUAUUAUUAAAUUAAGUGUAAAACCCUAUUGUGGUAAGGUUAUCUCCAGUGUCAAUUGAUUAAAAUAGGUGCUUUUUGUCUGAUUUCAAACAGAUUAUGUAGUGUCGAAGUACAGAUUGCCGGCUUCUUGCCAUACGUAUACGGUAAUGACUUUUUUUUAUUGAUUAAUAGAAAUCAAACGAUUACAUCAAUUGCUCUACGAUUGUUUUAGAACCACAGUACUUAGUUAAUGACUAGAUUUGCUUGUAGUGACGGGGCUAGCCUAGCACCAAAGGAAAAAGUAUUUAUUAGUGUUGUUUUUUUUGUUUUGUAUCACAUUACUUAAUAUAGAUAUAUAAAGUGAAUUUAAUAAAUGUUAGUGGAUAAAUUAUAAUUUCAAUCGCGAGUUCUGGUGUAGUAGUGCUAAACAUCAACUUCAAAAUGGCCGAAGUGCUAAAAAAACAUAGAAAAAGCAAUUUUUCACAAGAUGAAAUAGAAGUUUUAAUGAAAACAGUUGGUAAUCACUACGAAACCUUGUAUGGAGAAUUCUCUAAAAAGGCUAUCAACAAAAUUGCUAGACAUAGAGCCUGGCUAGAAGUGACAAAAGAGGUCAAUUCAGUGAGUAUGGAAAAAAGGACAUUGCAAGAAGUAAAAAAUAAGUGGAAGAAAUGUCAACAUCUAUAUCAUCCAGAUGAUUUUAUAGGUGUUAAAUACUACGAAGACGAGGUAUUGGAUGUGACUAAUGUUUGGGAACCACUGACUGAACUCGACGAUGAAGAUUCUAUGCCAUUAGAACAGCGACUGAAAGCUCCUACGACGGCAGCAACAGUAUUAACUGCACCACCUGAAGCACCAGUAUCAGAACAACUCUUACAGAGUCAACCCCUAUCCCCAACAAAACUGAAAGUAACAAGACAACUAAAGCCAUCAGCACCUUCACCUAUACUACCUCCCCCGGCCAUAGAAGAGGUGUGUCUUAAAUGGAACAGUCACCAUUCCAAUAUGCAGCAUACUUUUCCAAAUUUAUUGCUCCGAGAACAAUAUGUAGAUGCUACUCUUGUUGCUGAUGGUCAGACUUUGAAAUGUCAUAGGGUUAUUUUAUCAUCAUGUAGUCCUUAUUUCGAAGAAGUCCUUGCGAGUAUUAGCCCAUAUCAACAUCCAGUAUUGUUUAUGAAGGAUAUACCUUUCUGGAUUUUGAAAUGCCUUUGUGAUUUUAUGUAUUCUGGGGAAGUACACAUUCUUCAGAAUAAGCUAGAAGAAUUACUUGCUGUGGCGGAAAUGCUCAAGAUAAAAGGACUUGCUGGUCAACGUGACAUGAAUAUGAUAGACGCAAAACCAGAAUUUAUAGUUCCCAUUAAAGAAGAGAAAAUUGAUGAAAAGGAAAAAGAAUUGAGGAAGAAAGAAGACAGAGAAUUCAAGAGAAAGGAAGAAAAAGAAGUUAAGAAAAAGGAAGAAAAGGAAAUCAAAAAGAAAGAGGAAAAAGAAGUGAAGAAGAGAGAGGAAAAGGAAGUAAAAAAGAAAGAAGAAAAAGACAUCAAAAAGAAAGAAGAAAAGGAGUUAAAAAAGAAAGAAGAAAAAGAAAUCAAAAAGAAAGAUGAAAUGAAAAUAUCAGAAAUUAAACCAUUGAAGAAAAGGGAAGAAAAAGACCUUACUAGAAAAGAAGAAAAGCAAACUAAGAAAAAAGAAGAAACAAAAGAAAUCAAGGAAAAGAAAAGAGUGACAAUAAUUCCAUCACCAGAAAAACCAGUUGUUAAAAGCUCUAAAGUUCCUAAAGUUGUAAUUCAAAAUCCAGUACCGAUAUUGAAAAACAAACAAAAAAGUUUUGUUGAAUCGAAAAAACGUGACAAAAGAUUAGAAAAAGAGAAACUGCCAGUGAUAGAAAAAAUACCGAUAACUAAAGAUACUCCAAGUACAAGUGAUUUUUCAAAUCCUUUUGGUCUUCUCAAACCUGUAUAUGAAGAAGUAACAAAAGAUCCAAAACCAAAUAAACUUCCUGUUACCAGGGAUCCCAAAAAUGUUAAUGUAAAACGUACUUUACAGAAAAAAUUAAAGAAGAGGAAGUUAAUGGAUGAUAGAGAGGAGAGUCCACCACCAGCACUCUCACGAAAAGGUACUCGCUCACGUCCAAGAAGCAAAGUAGCAAAAUAUUUCCAUCCUGCCUCUGAUCUGAGCUAUGAUGAAUCCACAAUUGUUAGAGAACCUCAUACAGAUCAAGCAGAUUCUUUUGUGCAAAUACAAGAUAUCAAAUCUGAACCCCUGUAUGACGAUUCAAUAGAAAUAGAAGACAAUCUCGUUGGUUUUAGUGAAUCUUCUGUAUCUGUAGAGGAGCAAUUGAUCGGUUGCUAUGACAGUAGUUUUGAUAAUUUUGGUAGACGUAUUACUAGGCGUUCUAAACCCAUAAUAAUGGAUGUUCAAAGUAUAACUCAUAAACCUGAAGAACAACAUACUUUAAAAAUUGUUAAUGUUGCCGAAUUAAAAGCCAUUAAAGAUCCAUUGGAAGACCCGCUUGGACUUAACCAAAGUAGCUCAGAUAAUACUACAAUGGUUGAUCAGACUGACAACUCGUUGGGGUUUCAUAUAAGUGAAGUAGUAACAGAAAAAGAUGAUAGUCAAUCAUCUGAUGUAUGCAGAGAAAUGGGAUUUAAAAUUACAAAUGUUGUGAGCGAACAGGAAGAAGAUAGAAGAAUGGAACAACUAACUACUGAAAUAGAAGUAUCAUACGAAGAAGAACAGGAGUUUAAUGAAUUUGAUGAAACAGCAUCUCAAAAUGAAGACCAGAAACCCAUUUUAACAUUGAUUGAAACUGAAGAUAGUAACUCAAAUCCUCUGGGAAAACAAAUGAUUCAAUUAUUACUAGUAGGAAAUGAAGCAACAACUUCAAUGAGUCACAGUCAAGACAAUACAAUUCAAAAUAAAAUAGAUACCAGUGAAGAUGAUGAAUUAAUUAGUUGUCCAGCUAACUUUUCGUUCAAAAUUAAAGAAGAAUUGCUUACAGAAAAUGAACAGAAUAUUAAUAAGAUAGAUGAAGAAGAUAUACAACCUAUGACUCAACAAAUAACAUUGAUUCAAGAAUCAAGACAGUUAGAAACUGAUCAAGUUGUCCAAGAAACAUUAACAGUCACUUCAUCUUAUAAUACCUUGCAAACUAUUGCAAAUGAAGAAAAAUUCGAUCAUGAAAAUGAACAAACUCCAACAAUUUCCAUAAUUCCAGAGGCACACUUCAGUGAUGAAAUCGAUACCGAUACUGAUAAAAAUGAUGUAAAAACAGAAACCAUACAAAUGCAAUCUACAAGCUCAAAUACUAACCAAGCUAUUGAUACUGACGAACUUAAUAAAACAUAUUCAGUGGAUGAAAAACCAAUAUCAAUAAGCUAUUCAAGUUUACAUAAAGAUUACACAUUAGAUGAUUCAAAAAUGGAUCAGAUUUGUCACUUUGAAGAUAGUUCAAAAGUAUCUGAUGAUAAAAAUAACCAAAACGAUAUUGAUGACUAUCAAAUGGAGGCCCAAUUUGCUCCUCAAUCGGGGAAUAUUCCAAUAGAUCACCAAAAUAUAUCUGAAAACAAUCCCGAAAAUAUGGAUCACGAAAUUAGUGAAGGUUUUGGUGAUUUAGGAAGAAAUCUAACCUCGAAACCCAAUUCUGAUGAAAUUCAGCCAAUGGAUGAAGAUUAUGGAGAAGAAAACAACUGUUAUAGAAGUGAAUCUGCAGAUAAUUCUUCUACAGACUGUCAACAAGUUACUGGAGAACUCCUUGAUCCAAAAAAUCAAUAUUUGAUAAAGAAAUCAAAUACAUUGGAUAUGCUCCAAAUUCAACCUCCACUUAAAGAUCAGAAUAAUUUGUCUACACUCGUUGAAAAUGAUUCCAUGUACCAACAAACUAUUAAUAUGUCUCAGAAAACUGAUUUUGUUGAUCAAAAUUCAUCACAAAUAGAAAAUAUUGCACUUGUGAGUUGUAUCAAUAACAAGGCUAGUUUUGAUAUAUCAAAUACUGAAAAUGAGGUUCAACCUGAUUAUAGAAGAAAAGAAGAAAGUUCUGAAACAAUCCACACUGAUGAAUAUUCAUCGAUAUAUGAUGAAGAAAGUAGUUCUAAUAUUCCACAAAGGGAAAUACUACCGUCUCGAGAUGAAAAUCAAACAGUGAACAAUAGGUUUGAAAAAAGCAGUUAUGAUGUUUUAUCACAUGUAGUAUCAUAUAAAGAAAACCAACCUAUAUGUAUCCAAGAGAAUAAUUCAGGUACUACAAAGACUGCAAUAGUACUUUCUGAUAGUAUUCAACCUGUAGGUAACAGUUUUACUGAAAGUAGUUCUGCUUUAUCACAUAUAGUAUCAUAUGAUGAAAACCAACCUGUCUGUAUCCAAGAAAGUACUUCAUAUGGUCCACCACUUUCUGAUGAAAUUCAUACUAUAAGUUUUGAAAGAAGUAGUGAAGUUGCGGCAGGUGCUUGUGAUGAAAAACAUUUUACAACUAAUAAUCUUGAGGAUCAUCGACAAGAUAAAAAUAAUUUUGACAGAAAUAAUACUAGUGAUCCGCAUCUAUUAGUAUCUUCAUGUGAUGAAAGUCAACGUAGAGAUAACAUUGAAAGUAGUUCAAGUGUUUCUAAGGUUCCAGAGCUGUCAUAUAACGAAAAUGAAUUGGUCUAUCAAGAUAGUAGUUUCAAUACACAACUUCAAUUACCUAAUAAUGAAAGUGAUCUGAUAAACAAAUUUGUUGGAGUACAUUUAACUCAAUCACAGAAUAAUCUGAUAGAAAGUCAACCAAUGGAAACUGAUCACAAUGAAUUGAUGUCACAAACAGAUGAAAAUCAUUAUAAAGAUUCAAAUUCACAGUUGCUGCAACAUAAUAAGCAGAGUUAUAGUCCAGAAGAAAAAUAUACUACAGAACAUGUUUUAAUAAAUAGUUUAUCAGAAUUAGAUUGUGAUAUUAACAAUAGAAGUGGAGAAAUUCCUUCAACUCCAUUUUCUUUAUGUGAAAAUGUCCAACCUCUUGAUUUCAAUCAAAAAGAAACCAUUUUACCACAGCAAAUUCCUGAAAACUCUGCAGGUCCAAAUAAGUCAAACUUAUUGGAAACUGACUUAGAUAAUAGCCAUGUACCAUAUGAAAGGUGUGGCAAUGUAAAUAGUUCUAACGUACAAGUAGAGUCUGUACCUGUUGUUUCAGAAACUGUUCGAGAUCAUAAAUCUCGAGCUGUCGAUUUUCCUCUUGGACCUGAAGAAAUGAGUAGUUCAAAUGAACCAGGUUUUCACAUUGCCCAAGUUAUAAGUGAACAGAUAGCAGAAAUAGAAGGAAGUAGAGUUAACGAACAAUUUGUUAGUGAUACUAGCAGUGUGAAUAAAUGUGAAAACAAAGUUAGUAAUAGUAAUGAAUUGGAAUCGAUCGUUGAUGAUUUAUCUAAAAUUGUGGAAGGUUCGUGUGAAGAAUCGAGUAUUGCGGAUGAUACUAACUCUAUAGCUGAUAGUCUCGAGAAUCUCUUACAAAAUUUUGACGUCCUAGGUUUAAUAAAAACAUUGAGCACUUGUCUGCUUGAUGAUCACGAGGUUAUCGUUGCCGGCAACGUAGCGUGUAUACAGUUCUUAUUUAUUAGUUACGUAUAAAUAAAUGAUUUUUCUAUAUAUAAGAAUAAAGUGAAUAAAACUUUUAUAAGUUAAGCUCUUACAGUAUAAAAUAAUCACGUUAAAAAUUAAAAUCAUAAUAAACUUAUUUUAUAUUUAUUUUAUACCUAUGACAUCUCGCAAUGUGGAGGCCUUACCUGAAAUGUUUGAACUACCUACAAAAUUUUCAAUAAUUUUUUUUUCUAUAAAUUGAUCAAAGAAUUGAAAAAAAUUAUAAUAAAAGUUGUAUAUAACUAUCCAAAAUUAUUUUUGUUACAAACCAUGCAAGUACUUUAUUGAUCUUAAGCAUCAUUUUCAUUGGUAAAAAACAAUCUUUGAUUAUCGCAUUUAUCUUCCAAUUGUUUCUUUCAUUAAUUAAACUUCUACAUUUUUUUAAAUUUGAAAUUUUGCAUGCGACAAUGAUUAAUUUUCAUAUUAUUACAAUUUUAUUGAUCUAUAAUUUAUAUAACCAAUUUAUAAUUGAGAAGCUUGUUUCCAAAAAGUACAAAAUCCGUUAAAUGAUAAUUUUUAGAAAACAACUUUUUUUUCUUGUGUUUUUCUGAUACUUUCAUCUCAAUAUUUUGUUUCCUUCUCAAAGAAUAUGCCAAAUCAAUUUUACAAAGCAAAACUAUUUGAAUUUAGUACAUUUUUUGAAAAAAAGUGGGAUGUAAUACGUUUGGGAAUUAAAAGAGACUAAUAAUGUCUUGUAACUUAAAUAGUACAUAAAUGUUGUUUAUAAAACUAAUAGUUAAUAAUAUUAAAGAAUGUUUAAUCUGAAUCUGAAACUUUGAAUCCCAUUUUUUGAGCAGAAAAAUUAUAUCAGUUCUCUUUUCAUACCUCUCUUAAGAACUGUGUUCACAAAUGGGAGGUGAGAUUUAAGAAGGAACAAGACCAAUCUUUGGAGCUGUGUGAUUGAUAACUAUACGUUUCGCCUCUGUUAUUAGAUGUCACUACUUUCCUAGUAACUUCCUCCCAGCUCAUCUAUUUAAAGUUAUAUGGAACAGUAUAUAAGUUCCAACAGAUUCUACGUCAGUCGUUUCUUAAACGAUUAAGUACAGAUUUAUAGAAAAAUAAACAAGUAAUAGAGACGCUAUUUGAAGAAUAAGGUUAUGUUCUUACAUUCAAAUGUGAAACAAGACUGUAAAAGUCGUUUAUUGGUUAAAAUGGAUUUUGAACAUACAAUACAUUUGGAUGUUGUACACUUUGGCUCAAAAUCGAUUUUAGUUCUAUUAUUUUCGAAUAUAGGAAAGAAAUAUACAACACAAAGUACAGCGAUUUGCAUUUUUGUGGCUUUAGUAUGUUUUGGAAAUAAGCUUCUCAUUUAUGCAAUUAGAAGGUGCUUCAUGUAUUAAAAUUUUGUUGCUGUCCACUGUUAGGAUCAAAAUUGGUGUUUUCCUGAUGUUGUAUUUUUACUAAAGUAUCUUUUUCAACAACAAGUACACAUUAAGGUAUAAGGGAUGAGUUGAAAUCAUAAAAAUGUCAUCACAGUAAUUGUUAGUAAUGUAAAAAAGUGGUACUUUUAUUCUUAAAGAAUUUACAGUCUCUUGAUUUAUACCGUAUGGACAAAAUUAUCAAAUAUUUCGAAUUAAGUAAAUUUAUUUAUUAAAAAAUUUUGUGGCCUAACAUUUUAUAAAUAGAAUCAAGAUCAAUAUGCAACAAAGUUCAUUCGAUUCGGGAGAACCUCGAGAAACUUUCUGAACAAAAAUUAUGAAUAAGAAAUGAAAUUUGCAUUUUGAAAAGUUCAUCUCGAAUGGUUAAAAAAUUAAACAUUUAUAACUCGGAAAAUAUUGUCGGAAAUGAGUUCAAUUUUACUACUUAGGGGUUUUCAUCGUCUCUAGUGUAGUCCGCAUGAAAAUUCGUUAUAAAAUUGGAUGAAUAUAUGUACACCACCAGUCAGUUGUCCACCCUAAAGACCGGAUUUAUAAGCACAAAAUAGAAAAAAGUUCUUAAAAAGGUUAUAAUCCGGCACUAUUAAGAACCGGAGGGUGCCGGAUUGUUAGAAUGUUGGAAUUAAUGGAUUAUAGUCAAAAAGUCGUAGGUAAUGAAUAAAAUAAAGCAUUUCGUAGAGGGAAUAAAAUUUGCAAAAAUAUUUUUGGUUAGGUUAGGUCAACCAAUAAAUUUAUCCCUAUCCAUAAUAGUUAUCCCAACAUAAUAUGAUUAGUUAUGUAUUUUAAUCAUGCUCCAGGUAAAAGAAUGGUUAACCAGAAAUCAAUAUUUAUAGUCUAUUUCAGAAAGGUAUAGAGUAAUAAAAUAGGGAAUUCCGUCCAGUUCGGCUCAAUUUCGGUGUAGGUCUUGAAAUAGUAUUGUUUGUAAUAUUAAAAUUUCAAGUAAUUGCGUAAGAGAAUUAGGAAAAGUAUGUUUUCUGGCCUGAAGUAUCAAUAUAGAAAUAUUGUGUAGGGAUUACUUUGGUAGUAGAUUAUACAGUUACGUUUUGUGCUUAACAGGUACCGUUUACAUAAUGCCUAAUUUUUAUUUUGUUAAAAUAAAAAUUUUUCCUUUUUACGAGUAUCCUACCGACACGCCUUUGGCGCACUAUUUUCAGUGUUUGUGAAUGGAUAAAAAUAGGCUAAACCCAUAAAUUGACCCCAACCCGGGUGGUACUACUUGCACAUGAAAAGAAUUUUACAAUGUCUGUUUCAUGCCUAACUAUGAAAGUGGCUUAUUGGGUCACUCUGUGGUCCCUUUGCAUACCUAAUGAGGUUUUAUUACUCUAUACUUUUCUGAAAUAAACUAUAGAUAUCGGUAAUCCUGGGAAGUGUGAUUAGUUUACAGAAGUAUUUAGUACCACAGUUCUUGGAAGGUCUUCGGGACGCAAUUCGUUUACGACCCGGAUUAAACAGACCGCGAAACGCAACUCGUAUAAAACCGCUCCUUUCAUAAUUCAAAAAAUUUCUUUCGGAAAAAAAUUUAUUUCAAAAUAUAUUUUGUAGUCAUUAGUGUUCCGUCUUUAAUUUCACUUGGAUACUUCCUUUUCAUUUAUUUUUAUACAAAAUAUACAGAAUAAGAAGCAAAUAUAGGAAACAACGAAACAACUUAAUUUCUAUUAAACUAGAGAAGUAGAGAAAUUAUAAAGACCACUUUCUCUACAACUGUUUUAGAAUAAGAUCAGGAGACUUCGGAGAAUCACUUUUUUUCAAAUUAUUUCAAAACAUUAUCAUCGUCAAUUGUUUUAUAAAUAAUUAUAACUACAUAUUUAUUGAGACUGAAUUAACAAAAAAUUUCGAUCUAAGUUUAUAAAUACACGUCAUACCCCUUUACAUUGAAAAGUGAACUUUAGAUUUAAUUCUAGAAUACUGAUAGUUAGGAAUUAAUAUAAGUGUUUUUCUUUUUUUUUAUGUAUUGUAUAUAUAUAUUGAUAUAUUUUGAAUUAAUUAUAAAUACCUAUAGUAUUUCUGGAUGCUUCUAAGGCUGUGUGGUACGUUUUUUUGAAAAUUAUUUGCUCACACAUUGACCGCCAGUUGGCUUGUUGCGUUUAACGCUCUUUUAGUUAUUGUAAAAACUUUCGCAUUAUAAAGAACAAUCAUUCGAAUGAUAUGGAUAAUUUUAGCUAACAGGAAGAGCAUUCAAGUUCAGAUUAGAACGAUUUUUAUUUUUUUUUGUGAAUUUAAUGAGACUUGAAAUUUUAAUUUAUUUUAACCCUUUCAGUGAGGGGUAUACUUUCCUUACUUCUGGCGUACUAUUCCUUGUUUCUAUAUGUACAUCAACAUUAUAAAAGUUGAAAAACAAACAGAAAAGACACUCGGUGAAAAAACAUAAGAGGAUAUUUCGAUAAGUUUAACAUACAAAAUAAAAUUAGAACAAUUGGCGAUUCAUUUUUCAAUAUAGUAACCUUCUUGUUCGAUACACUUAACCCAGCGAUGCUUCAACUUCUUUAACUCUUAUGAAAAUACGUUUUUUGAAGAUCUGCAAACUAGACCACCGUGGCGGCGAUAACCUCCUCAUUUGACUCAAAAUUAUGCUUUGAAGCAAGAAGAAGUCUCACGGGACCAAAUAUAAGGACUACGGUGGAUGCGAUAGCAGUUCGUAGCCCAACUUAGCCGUGGAGAGUGCGGAGUUGUGAGUACCAGUGAAUUCAUGUCAUAAAACAACGCAGAAACUUUUUAGGAUGACGCUUAAACAGCGUCAAAUACUACUCUGAAGUGUUCUUAUGGUUGCUUACACUGUCAAUGCUUUCCUAUGUUCAAUAUAAUCCACAGUCAAGCUUCUUCAACCGUCGGUCUGCCAAUACGAUAUCGUGGAUUUUUAUCACGUUAUUUAGUUUCCUAUCAAAGGAAUGUUUUUGUCAAAAUCGGUUCCAUAUAUUAACCUUGGAAAGCGAUAUAAAGAUAACAACACUUUUCAAUCACUCCAUUUUCGUUUAUGAUGAAAACUAUUUAUCUUCAUUCCAAAAUAUGUAUUUGGUUCUCACAGGUCCCUUCUAAAAUUCAUCAAAGAACGCUCAUUUCGAGAAGAAUUUCCACCGCACCACGAUACGUUUGAUAAAACUGACAAUUUUCCGGGUUUAUACUGUAUCCGGUUAAUCUCUUCCUUUCUUCACAAUGUUCUACCUAUUUUGUUUUCUAUUUCGCAACCUCUAUAAGAUGCAGAUUCUUGUGAGUUGAAUACAAGUUGUUGGGAGUCCGGGUCCUCUUUCUUAUUAAUUUUCUUAUUGCCUUCACUGUUGGUCAAGAUCCAGCUGAUUUUUCGACAUUAUCGGUUAUUUUUACUGUAGUUAUCAACUUUCUCAUCUCUAUGUUGAAGUGGAUCCUCAGCUCUUCCAAGUUUCUUCCGAUCUCUCUAACUUUCGUUAUAUCUGCUGGGUUCUACGGUUUUUUCACAGUAAAAUGAAGUCAUUUAGAAAAAGGAACAAUUUCUUAUUAAUGUGUAUUUUCCUAAACGAUUGAACGAUGUUAUUUUAAUAAUCAUAUGAGUUCGACUCAACACUGCACUAUUAUAAACUAAGUUUGACGUAUGACUAUAUAUUUAUACAUCACUAUUUCGAAAAAAUUCGAAUUUUCUUUUGUGCUUUCUACUUUCCUAUUAUCCAUGUUUUUGUGACUGUAUUUCCUUCUGGACAAUUCCACCAAUGAUUUAUUGCAGUAUAAUGUUUGAUAUAUAUCUAAAAUGAAAAGUUUUGUAUAUAUUUGUUUUAUUAUUUAUUGAUUUUUGAAAUUGUUUUUAUUAUUGGGAGGAACUAUUGCAGAAUAAAAACGUACCAUACACGACUAAGUAUUAUUCGUACUAUAAAAUAUGUGUGAAAUACUUUGAUGUGAUUUCCCACCUCUGAAGCUAUAUAACAUCACAACAUAUUUUUUGAACAUCCUAAUCCAUCUAGUCAUGCGUGAGAUCUGAGUUUUUUUAUAGUUUGACAUGAAUAAAUUCGAGGACAUUCCAAUAAUUGAAAAAAAAACUUGGAUACUGCAAAGUUACUUGUUUAAAUUUUUGCUAUCGGUUUUUCAGCCAUAUCCAUUCAUUUUUUUUACCGAAUUCUGACAUUUGUCGGAGAGAGAUAAAAGCAAUUCGAUUCCAUUCACUCCAUUUCUCCCUUUAAAAAAAUAGUAAUCGUUUAUUUUUCAUCAAAUUAUACACAAUACGCUUUUUCGUCCACUCUACUUUGCUGCAGAACGUUCAAUAUCCCAUCACGGUAUUUAUGUCAAAUAUACAUGUUUAAAAACUAAAAAUGUUAAAAAAAGCUAGAAUAUUAUUCUAAUUUCUUAGAAUUAAGAUUUGGGUUUAUUUAAGCAAAUUUUAAGUUCGAAUUAAUUUUUUUAAGAAAGUCAAUUUCUAAUUUCUGUAACAAAGAACGAAGCUCGACUCGACAAAAUCCAACAAAGCACACCUACCUCCGAUAUAUAUCUUGAAUGAUACAAUAUGCCAAAAACUCUUUCACUGCACUAACAGUAAGAGUCCAUUAAAACUAUUUAAAAAUUUGUAUCAAGUCAUAUCAACCAACUAAUUGCAAGUUAUGCUUAUACCAGAAUGAAACUCGCAGACAGGAAAGCGUGCUUAAAAUGGUGACUUUCUAAUGGAAAAGUUGAUGUGAAAAACAAUAUUCCACUGUUCAGACUGUUUCAUGGUUUCUGGUGUGUAUCAGUGGAUCCAUGUUUCGUUUACUGUCAUAAAAUGACGCAGAAACUCUUUAGGAUCUGAUCUGAUCUGAGGUAUUCUUAUGGUUGCCCACAGUAAACAAAGACAGUACUCAUCGUGCCAAGAACUUUCUUAUGUCCAAAAUUUCAUGCAGAUAUAAUCCACAGUCUCGGUUAUAUCUCGCUUUUUCAAUCGUCGGUCUGUCAAUGCAGUAUCCUGGAUUUGUAUCACGUUAUUUAGUUUCCUAUGUAAGGAAUGUUUUUGUUAAAAUCGGUUUCACAUAAUUAUUACCUUGGAAAAGCGAUAUAAAAAUAAUAGCACUUUUCAAUCGUUGCAAUUUCUUUUUUGAAAACUAUUUAUCUUCGUUUCUAAAAUAUACUUUUGUUUCUCACACGUCCCUUUUACUUUUUUCACAAUAUUCUACCCAUUUUGUUUUUUAUUUCGAAGUUUGUUGAGUUCCGCAAUCUCUGGAAGAAGCAGAUUGUUAGUGGGUUAAAAAUACCUGUAAGUGGUUGGGAGUCAAUUAAAUACUAGCAAGUUAUGUUUGUGUUUAAAAUGGAAAAGUAAUGUAGAAAGCAAUAUUUAAUUUUUCAACAUAAUCUAUACCUUUAGUCCAGCAAAUUUCCAAUCUCUUACCACCCUAAAAAUUUGGUGAUUGAAAUUUCUGGAACCGUUUAUGAUAUUGUUGAUAUAUGUCCGAAAUCGCCUUUUACCAAACUCUUUUUGUGGAAUCGAAAAUUAAUCGGGGACAGCCAGGUCAGGUGAAUAUAGUGGAUUAGACAAUAAAUCCUGAAGAAGUUCAGCUAAUGUUUUUGCAAUAAUUGCGAACGAAUGGACAAGCACAAUAAAUAUUACAUCUUUUGAAUCCUAGGACCUUAUUGUCCUAAAAACAAAAGGAUACUGCUUUCUUGCGGUCAUGUACAUUGUUUCGACGGUAUUUUUGUUUUUUUCUGCUUUUGAUCAGCAUUUAGCAAUCGCAGCACCCACUUUGCAAAUAGCCUUGUAACAAGUAACCUUUCAUAGAAAAUAUUGCAUGCCCUUUUCGUUGAUAGUUACGAGGUUUACUAUAAGCUUAGCUUCGUCCACGUCUUGUCAUUAGGAUAUUGUGAACUAGACAAUUAUGAUUAGAACUAUUUUAAUUCAAACAAAACUAGUGGAGCAAUGCUGUUACGAAAUAGAGAUCGUAUGAAGAGGACAAAAAAGCUGUAAUUUUUACUGAAGAAUAGUGGUAAUAUAGUAGCAGCUUUACCGUAGUACACAUCAAAUUAAUCAAGUAAAAGAAAAAAAACCUAUAUUUCCAUAAAAACAAUAGACGUGAAAAUUUGAGAUUAAAACGGUGUGUAUUGGGUUGUAUAUCCCAUGGAUAUACUUAGAAUAGGGGUUGAAAUAGUUGAAACUUUUUGUGCUUUUGUGCCCCCGUUGUAAUUGAAGGGAUGAGGAAAGUGAAAAGUAUGUUAGUGAAAAGAGCAAUGUUUCGAAAUUCAAUGAUUUCAAUAAAUAUAAUACAUUCUAUCAUUGGUUGGCGACAAAGUAAUUUCGGUUUUAAGUAAAACACUUUUUUUUAACAAAGAAUAGUUUUUUAUCAAUUAUAUAUUUUCCAUUUUGCUCAAUGACCUUUUGCCAUCUUUCUUUCAACUUCAUGAUUCCGCGCUCAUGAAAUGUCUGGUUCUUAUCAGCAAAAAACUGACCAAGUGCGAUUAAAGGUCAUCGUCAUUUGUGAAAGUUUGACCAUUCAAAGAAUUCUGCAAACUUCGAAAUAAAUGGUAAUCAGAUGGUGCCCAAUCAGGUUUGUAUGAGGGCAUCACUUCCUUCCAAGCUCCAAUAGUUUUCCACGAGUUGCCAAAGAUGUGUGAGCCUUUGCAAUAUCAUGGUGGAAUAUUAAACCUUUUCCGAUUUGACAAUUCUGGCCGUUUUUCUGUGAUUGUUUCAUGAGUUGUUGACAGUAAAUAUCAGAAUUGAUCGUUUGGUUCCUUGGAAGCAGCUCAAAAAGCUCAAAACCUUUGUAAUCCCACCAAACUGACAGCAUGAGCUUUUUUGUUGUUUUUCAGCUUUCGAUGUGGUUUUUGCUGAUUCAUCGUAUUUGCACCAUCAUCGUUUUUGAAUUAUCUUACUAUAUAAAACUCAUUUUCUUUCACCAGUGAUAAUUCUUUCCAAGAAAGGGUCGGGCUCAUUUCGUUUAUCGCAAAUGUUGAUUAUUUGUAUUAAUUUCUUUCAAUUUGUUAGGUAACCAAAUAUCAAGCUUCUCAACUAGCCCAAGAUAUUUAAUUUUCCAAUUGUUGUGUGCGAUACAUGUAGCCCCCUGACGAUCCUCUUCAAUUAUGUCUUUGAUUUGGUCAUCAUCAACAUCAGUUGGCCGACCAGAACGUUGCUCAUCUUUGAGGAAAAAAUCUCCAUAAGUUAUUAAAAACAUAAAGCAACUCUGACAGUAGCUGAAAAUCUUAUAUAACUUUUUUGUAGAAUUUUAUUAGUUGAAAUUAAACUCCUCGAUUGUUUUACCAAAAAGCACAUUUGUUGUCUGUAUUAGAAAUACCAAAAACUAUUAGAGUUAAUUCGAACUUGAUAAAUUCAAAUGGUUGAAGGUAUUUAUUUCGUUCAUUUUGUCCAUUUAUAAUCAUAUAAGUAUAUUGCACAAUAUUUGUGCCAAUUUUGAAGUUAUAUAGCCAAACAGGUUAGUGAUAUUCAAUAUUAGAAAAAAACAUGUUAAUUUACAGUUUAUUUUACAAUCUAGUAAACCUAUUUAUUUAUA